CCUCCAGCCACCGGCAACUUCGUACACAUGCAUCCGGGCCCCCAAUUGCAGUAGAUUCUAGUCGCCAAUUGCCAACUUGCAAAUCAUUCUGCUUCUCGUCUGUCGCAAUCCAGCGCAUUUGCCUAGAUAUCUAGCACUGGUUGAAGUGCAGUUGCCUCUCAUUUUUCUUAAUUGCAUGUCAUUUGCAACACUUCUUCACUGAUCAUCGUCAUUCCAAAUAUUCCAGCUUUGGUGCGCGGGAAGCUAGCUGGAUCGACGUAAAUAUCAACAAAACAUUGGAUCACGGCUCCACCGCCUAGUGAGCUGAAGCCGGGUUCCCACAACGGUCGACGUCAACAAUAACAACAAUCGUCGCAUUUCAUUUCUCCGACAACCCGACAGUGCUCCAAGUUGUCGCCGGCGUUAGGGUCAGAUGGUCUUGUGGUGAUCCGCAAAGGAUGGCCGCCAAAACAAAGAUGUCCAACCCAUUGAACGGGAUGCACACGGCGGGCAUCUUCUCGGACAUGAGCGCCGAUGGUCCAGAAAUUGGUACCUUGGUUCUGAUCGCGGAUCGUGCGAAGAACCUACCCAACAGGAAGACAAUUGGCAAACAAGACCCGUAUUGUGCAGCAAGACUCGGGAAAGAAGCAAAGAAGACGACAACAGAUAUUCGCGGUGGUCAAACUCCCAAAUGGGACCAAGAGCUUCGAUUCACAGUUCAUGACUCUCCGGACUAUUAUCAGCUGAAGAUUUCUAUCUUCAAUGACGACAAGAAGACGGAUCUCAUCGGCGAAACCUGGGUAGACUUACGCGAUGUCAUCGUGCCAGGAGGAGGUCAAAACGAUCAAUGGCAGACCCUGAACUUCAAAGGCAAAUAUGCAGGCGAGGUCCGGAUUGAGGUUACGUUCUACGACAGCCGGCCGAAACCAGAAAAGCCCGUGGCCAAACCGAAACCUGUGGCUUCCGUUGCCGAGGCUGAUGGGUCAAGUGGAUCGCAGAAUGGACGGAGCCCGGUGAAGCGACGGCCUUUGCCCAGCAACCCUGGGACUGAACAUGCUGGUGCUCCUCCACCUAAGACCGCACCCGCGCCUGAGCAAGUACAGACUCCGUCCAAGCCACAGUCGCGUCCAGCAGCAGCAGCAGCAGCAAAUUUCAUCCCCAAUCAAUCUCCGCUACAGGCCGUCGAGUACAACACUCCACCUCCUGCCCGAUACAAUCAGCCUGAGCAUUACUCUCCGGCCCCUGAUCACGGCACUCAGUAUAGGACACCUCCUCACCGACCAGAUGUACAGCAUCAUCGGUCCUUGGACACGAAUGAAAAGUUCAGUACCUACGGUGACGACCGCCAGUAUCAUCCUGAACCGUUUCCUCAGUCGUACGAGCCCGAGUCCCGGACCCCCUACAACCAUGGUCAGCUGACUUUCGAAUCGCCCUCGCCGCAUGCUCUGCAGCAGCGACAAAUCAUGCCAGAUGAUGACCGCCCGCCACCUCCACCUGCCCACAGAGUACGAAACAACAGUGGCAGCUCCCAGGAGUUGGUGCAUCGCGGUAGCCUUGAUACGUCCCCCCACAAAGCCAAUCCGUCUAUGCCAAUGAGACAUGAUGUCUUGCGGAGUGAAGCUCAUCGAUACUCAAUUUCGUCAGUGCCAUCUCCCUCGAGUUCAUCGAAUUAUCCCGGGCGUCCUACAUAUCGACCCUACGACUCGGUGCCUGAUGUGCCCAGAGAUUCGCCACAUAAUGACCAAGUGGUCGUGAGACAACAUCACUUGCAUGAUUCUCCUCUGGAGACCCCACCACGGUCUUUGCAACCAACUGUAGAGGACGUCCCAGAGUCAUGGACACCACCAAAUGCACGGUCCAGGCGCAGCAAUUCUCGCCAAGAGAUGGAGGACGAGUUGCAUUUCAGUCAGGGAGCCAGUCCCGCGCCACUGAACUUGAGCGGACGCGGAAGUGUUGCGGCCUCGCAGUACACACUGCCAACUGUACAGACGCAGAGGCCAUAUGGGUCCAAUGAGUACGCCAUUUCGACGUCACCCGUGGCUGCAAGGGAGCCGCUGCGCGGCAACUCAAUUGAUUACGGGAUGUCGACGUCGCCCAAUGGUGCAAGAGACUAUGCCCAUGGGAACUCGAAUGAUUUCGGCACCUCGGUCUCAUCCGGUGUCGCCAGGGAUUAUAGCCGGGGGAAUUCCAUUGAUUUUGGUGCUACGACGUCUACAUCGAUGGUUGCGGCGAGGGACUAUGCCCGGGGAAAUACCAACGACUUCGGGACCUCACCUUCGACCGCGAUGGUGGCUACGAGGGACUAUGACCGGGGGAAUCCCAGCGACUUUGGUAACUCGUCUUCGACCGCCAUGAUUGCUGCGAGGGACUACCCCCGUGGUGGCUCCAGCCACUCGUACUCUAACGCGUACACGGGACAGGUUGAUCCCUAUGGGGCCGAUACCAGUGAGAUGGAUAACUCGCAGGCUCUGGUUCCCCGUAACUACGCGCCGCCAGUUCCAGCUACUCUGGUUCCCGGUGUUGAUCCAGCGCUCUCCAUGGAAAUUUCGACUCGGUUCCACGAGGACAGGCGACAAGAGCGAAGGUAUACACAGCCUGCCCCUCAAUCGACUACACCAACCAGAGGCAGGCAAUACAGCGAACCACCAAACAACUAUGGAGCUCAAUCUUCGUCUCACGGGUAUUAUCCCAGUCAUUCAAGGAACUAUGGCGGCAGCCCUGGGGCAUACGCAAGUGGAACGAAUACCCCAUCAGGCCCACCGGCUGCUGGGAACUCACGGGGACCCUCCACCAGCCCCAAUCCAAACCACACCAUAAAGCGAAAGUCGGUCAGUCCGGCUCCGCCUCCGCGAGAAGAAGGUAGGCGGCUAUCUGGUGUCCCCUUUGGGCCUGACUCGUACGAUGAACUGAACCCCUCUAUUUCAUCUGCAAAACAAUCCUCCAAAUCAAACGAAUACACGAACGCCUACGGCAAGAUAGUCACCCCUGACGGACGGGAGGUAGACCCUUCCGACCACUUGCCAAUGGACACUUGGGCGCCUGAACCAGAGCCGAGAGAACCUAAACAGAAGCCAGAGCCGUUAAGGCCCACACCAGCAGGAGCGCAGCCAAUGCCACCGUCAGGUAGGCGGCAGCUGCGUAUUGCGGCAAGGCCGCAGUCGAUGGCGGCAGUCCCGCCGCCGAGCUACAUAAACCACGAGGUAGAACCAUCGCCACCUCCAAGCUCCGGCCGGAAUCGGCUACAGAAGAAGGCACAUCGCGUGUCAGCUCUGCCAGCUCCAGUAUCUGCAGGGUCGAGCCCAUUGGGACCAGCGACCAGUCGCCAACGAAACAGCACGCCACCCCGUGCCCUCGUUCGAGCCAGCACAUUUGACUACGAGAAUAAUCAUGACUACGGAGGUAGUCCAGGCGCUUCUCGUAGCGGCAUGAGCGGCCCCCCAAUACCGGCCAAGGUUCCAUUGAUGAGCGGGGGCCUAGGGGCGUCCCCGGGGAUGAACAGGGGCGACGGUGAGGAUUGGGCUUUAAUGGAGGAGAUGAGUCGCAUUGACAUUGGCAGUGGGCGAGCAAGGCGACAUGGUGGGUAUUAGCGUAAUGCCACCAUUUGAACGUCUUGCUCCUGACGAGGUGACUCGGACAGGAUGGGAUGUGACCAUGAAAGCGAUGAAAUGAUUGCAUCGGAGGCAUGGAUAGUGUAUUAUUAUGUUUGUACCAGAGAGAUUGCUAUGGCGUCAUCUGCGAUACUGAUUCUUCGUUUCUGUUUGGUUUGGUACGCUAGGGUAAAAGCCGUGACACUUUUCUCUUUGGUCGCGGCUGGGUUUGGUACGCUGGGAAAACCGCCGAGGGAAAACCGCCGAGGGAGGUGUAAUCACAAGGGCGAGGCGAGGGAAGUUCUUCAUGGACACAAGUUUGGACGCAGGCAUAAACAUUUAGAGCAAGCUGGAGAUACCCGAAGAUACACAAUGCAUAGAUGUACCUCGAAGUUCCUGGCCCCUUGGUCACUACAUGAUGUGCGAGUCCAGCCUUUUGCCUCGUGAGCAAGGGCAUUCAAAC